UGUGACUCCUUCGGCAACUGGAGCACAACACUUUCAGAACAUGAAAGUGCUAUUCUCACAGCAUUUAGUCUCACCCUUCAGAGUCUGAUCAACAUCCUCGCCUACCACAAAGUCACGGGAACUUAUCUACCUGUAGUCCUGCUUACCAUCGCCGCUGAUCGUCUCCUCCAACCCAGUCAACUCGUCCACCUGCUAAAUGUCCCCUUGCAACACAGCCCGGCUGAGUGUCUUCCGUCGCUUAGAGUCGCUAGUUAUCUGGCUCUUUUGGUCCAUUCGCUGAGCCUACAUGUAAAUCUUCAUUCUCAGUGGGGAGAUCGCCUUAUCGAGUUGGCUGGCGACUCAGUCUUGCUAGCCGUUCUGGUUAACAGCUUAACAUGCCUUGAGCUGGGUUCGAGGUGCGCAGAGGAGACAGAAGAUAAUGCCUUAUUCGCAUUCAGUAAACAUGUUCUUCUUUUACUGCGCUCGCUUGAGAGUGCAUGUUGGCUUCUCUUUUAUUCUAAUCCAGUGUUCAGGCGAGAUGUGCCAUGCUUCCCACAAACCGAUACAGCUCAGGCUCCCGCUCUUGUCUAUGCGGCGGCGGCCACUGGAGUAAUCCUUUAA